AUGAAUGAAUAAAAAUUACGUGAGAUGAUGAAAAUCUAUACUGUUUCAAAAUAAGUAAACAAAAAGGCUGAAAAGAAUUUUAUCAAAUUUUCUAGUUAAUAUUAUAAAUUGCAUAAGAAUGACAUGACUCCAGAUUUAUUGAAUGAAGUCAAUUCUCUUAGAACACAAAUUAAAUCUGAUAGAGUUGCAUUUUCCAAUUAAAACUCUCCUCAAGUAAGUCCUCGUCUUACAACCAAUCCUUUAUUUAAUUGUAAAAAAAAAUGGGAUUUAAAUUUAUUAUAGUCAAAGAAGAGAAGCCAAAAUUAAAUUCCAUAUAUUCAGAUGAUAAACAUUAAGAUAUUUAUAAACUCUACAUUGAAGAAAUAAGCGAUCUCAAAUCAUGUUACUAUAUUCAUUUAUUUCUAGAACUGAAUUAAGCCAAUUCUAUAAUAAAAUAAUAAAAAAUUGAUUAUGAUAGAAAGAUAUUAGGUAAAGUUUUUGUAUAAAAUAAGAAUUAAAUUUAAAACUAGAAUCAGAAAGAGCUAGAAUCAAAGAUCUCACUUAAUAAGUAAUAUUAAAUAAAGUAUUAUAAAUUAGAUUUAAGAGAUGA